UCGUCUUCUUGUUGUUGUUUUUCUUCCGGCGUUUGCCCUAUACAUGUCUUCUCUGUGUACUUGAAGCCUCUUGUUUGAUCAGCCAUCAUCAAUCGAACUACGUCGUGCUUGAAGGUUGUUGGGACUCCUGGCCUUCCGUUGCGUGACAAGGAAUCAUGGCAUCUUUGAAUGACCUGUUGCCUCCAGCUAAGUCAACCACAACCACAUUUUAUGACCACUCAAAUGAUCCCUGGUUCAAGCAGCGCUUCAGUACUUCUGAUUCUGAACGAACCACUGUGCUCAAGCACAAUCCUGUGCCUCCAUACUUGAAACGCCAGGGUUUUGUACCUCGAAAAGUUGAGGAUUUUGGAGAUGGAGGUGCAUUUCCUGAGAUUCAUAUUGCCCAGUACCCUCUUGAUAUGGGCAGGGAUAAAUCUGGGAAGCCUGGAUCCAAAAUUCUGCCGGUGACUGUUGAUGCUCAUGGAAACGUCGCCUAUGAUGCCAUUGUUAAGCAGAAUGAAAAUGCAAAGAAGGUUGUUCACAGCCAGCAUAAAGAUCUCAUUCCAAAGAUUCUGAGAGAUGAGGAUGAGAAAGAAGAGGAUGAAGAUAUGGAGAGGGAGAUUGAAGAAAUAACUCAGGAAACAAAGACUGCGCUAGAGAAGAUUGUUAAUGUGAGAUUGAGCGCGGCACAACCAAAAAAUGUGCCCAAACAAUCAUCGGAUUCAAAGUUUAUUAAGUAUAAGCCAUCUCAGCAGUCUGCAGCAUUUAAUUCUGGUGCAAAGGAGAGGAUUAUAAGGAUGGUGGAGAUGCCUGUGGACCCCCUCGAGCCACCAAAGUUUAAGCAUAAGAGGGUCCCAAGGGCCUCUGGAUCCCCGCCUGUGCCAAUUAUGCAUUCACCGCCUCGCCCUGUUACUGUAAAAGAUCAACAGGAUUGGAAGAUCCCACCUUGUAUCUCAAAUUGGAAAAAUCCUAAGGGUUACACUAUCCCACUAGACAAGCGUCUUGCUGCAGAUGGACGAGGACUCCAGGACGUACAGAUCAAUGAUAAUUUUGCCAAGCUUUCUGAGGCUCUUUAUGUUGCUGAACAGAAGGCUAGGGAGGCAGUUGCCAUGAGAUCUAAGGUGCAGAAAGAAAUGCUGAUGAAGGAAAAAGAGAGGAAAGAGCAGGAGCUCCGGGCUUUGGCUCAAAAAGCUCGUUCAGAGAGAACCGGGGCAGCACCCCCAGCUGCUGUUUCUAUUCCUACCGAGAAAAAUGACAUGGAUGGUGUGGAAAUGAGAGGGCAUUAUGAGCGUGAAGGAGAGAGGGAUCGAGAUUAUCCCAAGGAAACAAGAGAAGAAAGGGAAGAAAGGCUGCAACGCGAGAAAAUUCGUGAGGAGAGGCGUCGAGAGAGGGAGAGGGAGAGAAGAUUGGAGGCUAAGGACGCUGCUAUGGGAAAGAAAAGCAAAAUCACUAGGGACAGAGAUAGAGAUAUUAGUGAGAAAGUUGCAUUGGGAAUGGCUUCAGCUGGGGCAAGUAGAGGAGGAGAGGUCAUGUAUGACCAGAGGCUCUUUAACCAAGAGAAAGGCAUGGAUUCUGGGUUUGCCACCGAUGACCAAUACAACGUGUAUGAUAAGGGACUGUUCACCGCUCAGCCCACACUUUCAACUCUCUACAGGCCUAAGAAGGACCUUGAUUCUGACAUAUAUGGAGGUGCGGAUGAGCAGUUAGAUAAGAUUAUGAAGACCGAGCGCUUCAAGCCAGAUAAGGCGUUCUCCGGCACAGCUGAGAAAGGUGGUCCGAGGGACAGGCCAGUUGAGUUUGAGAGGGAAGCUGCUGAAGAGGCUGAUCCAUUUGGUCUGGAUCAGUUCUUGACGGAGGUGAAGGGGGGCAAGAAACCAACCGAUAAGAUCGGCUCUGGAGGGACAAUGAGGGCCAGUGCAGGCUCGUCGAUGCGUGAUAGUUAUGGGGGAGGUUCCGGCCGAACACGCAUCGGCUUUGAGAAGGGACGAUAAACUGUAUUCUGCUAAUCUUUGCUUGUGCAAGCAGCAGUUAUUUACAUUUUUGUGUUUGUAUGGUAGAGUUAAGUAAUUUACUUGGCGUGUGCUGUGAAUUGGAAGUCUGCGGACACUGAUUAAGCAGCAUGAAGUAAUGCAGAAACUCUGGAUUUUCUCAGCCAUAAUUUGAGUUGCGUUAUUAUAA